CUUAAGGGAAGUGUUGCCUUUCCAGCAGUGCGUUCAAGCCUUCAAGGUUCCAGUUGUCCGCUGUCCAGGCUCGUAACUUUAUAAAGGAUUUGCUCACGUCAGGAUGCCGAAGUAGCAGGGGUGGGUGAGGACCCCAGGGCUUGGUCGCGGAAGAGCCUGAAGAACGCUGCGUUCAGCUCAGGGCGUCCGGGCCAACCACAUCAAUGCUUGGUCUCAUCAACAACGGCAUCAAGUCCUUCGUGACUGACACAUGGGGGGAGGCCGCGUGGGCGGCGGUGGUGCAGGCGGCCGGGGUGGACCAUGGCUUCGUGUCCAGCUGCCCCUAUGCCGACGCCGUCAGCGUCUCGAUCCUUGCUACGGUGGCAGAGCAGCACGGAAUGGACCUGGAUGAUGUACUGGAGGCGGCAGGCUACCACUUCAACACCAGUUUCAUCCAGAAGAUGGGCUACGACCGCCUGCUGCGCUGCAUGGGCGGCAACCUGGUGGAGUUCCUCCAGAACCUCAACGUCUACCACCUGCACCUGUCCAUGACCUUCAAGGAACUGCAGCCGCCCGCCUUCAACGUCAGCGAGGUCACGCCCGACUCGCUGGUGUUCCGCUACGCCUCCACGCGGCCCGGCCUCACGCGCUUCGCGGUGGGCCUGUUGCGCGGCGCCGCCCGGACACUGUACGGCAAGGAGGUGACCGUCAGCAUCAUCGGACUGCGCAGCGACGGCUCGGACGGCAGCGAGCCGUGCGACCACGACCGGCUGUUGGUGCGCUUCCCUGAGCCAGAGCCGUCGGUGUUGGAGCAGCACAGCGCGGCGCACACGUGCCGCCUGGGCAUCGACCCGCCCAGCCUGUUUUCGCUGUUCCCGUUCCACAUGGUCCUAGACAGCUCCUGCAGGCUGUUGCAGGUGGGGCGAGCCCUGUCCCGCAUGUACCCAGGAAUGAAGCCUGGGCGCCUCCUGUCCGACUUCUUCUCGAUACGGCAUCCCUACGUCGACAUGAAUUUCGAUCGCAUUACGGAGCGCACGGACUCGACCUUCAUCCUGCGGAGCCGGCUUAACGGGAUGGAGAUCAAGGGGCAGAUGCAGCCCAUGUCUGUGCCAAAGGCCGAGCGGGGGCUGUGCAGCGCGGCGACCAGCACAGCGGCGGGUCUGGAGGGCGGCCGCCCGUACCUCUUGGGAGCCCCUCCGGUGCAAACGCCGCUCACAACAUCCGCUCCAAUUCCGGGGGCCACGCCCGCGCCUGCCACCGCCGGGAGGAGGACGCAUCCGCAGCUGCCACUCGACAGCCCGGCUCCGGCUCCGGCUCCGGCCGCGGUCGCCGCGCCCACAUCCGGUGCAAUGCCCAGGUGCCCCUUCCACGCGGCGCUUGGACACGGCACAGCUGCGCCUGCCAGCAGCUUGCCGCACCCGCCUGCCUGGAACCCGCACCAGCAGCCGCAGGGUCAUGCCAGGCCGGGGGCGGCGGAUGCAGGGCGUGUGGCAAGCGCUGCUGCUACUGAGGAAAGGGAGCGUUUGGAGCCUCAGGGCCUAGGGGGCGCGGAGGCAGAAGGACAGCCCUCGUACAAUCAGCAGUCGCACAUCGCGACCGGUGAGGUGGAUGAGGCCACGGCAGCGGGCGCGACGGCGGCUGUGGCUUCGUCGCCGAUGGCGUAUAUGCAGAGCAAGGGCGUGUGGGGCGGCGGCUCGUGUCCAUCGCUGCCGACGCUGGCGAUGUCGCAGCCGGUGGCGCAGCAGCAGGAGCCGGUGAUGCUGUUCCUGGGCACGCCGCGCAUAGGCAGUGUGGAUGAGCUGCGGACGUACGGGCUGUUCGUGAGUGAUCUGCCGCUGUUCGACAACAGUCGCGAGAUGGUGCUGAUGGCCGAGCAGCACACGGCCGAGGCCGCGCUCAAGGACACCUUCGAGCGACUCAGCCUGCAGCUGGAGGAGGAGCGGCGGCGCAGUGACGCGUUGCUGUACCAGAUGAUCCCACCGCACGUUGCGGACACGCUGCGACGCGGGGAGCGCGCGGAGGCAGAGACGUACCCGGAAGCCACCAUCCUCUUCUCCGACGUUGUCGGCUUCACAACCAUUGCGGCGGGGAGUACGGCGAUGGAGGUCUGCCGGAUGCUGGAUGCGCUGUACAUUGAGUUUGACUCCCUGCUUGAGUUGGAGAAGUAUCAGUCGCUGUACAAGGUGGAGACCAUCGGAGACGCCUACAUGCUGGUUGCCAACGUGACCAAGCCCUGUCAUGACCAUGUGGAUGUCAUGCUGGACUUUGCUCUGGACAUGCACCGCGUGUGCAGUCGUGUUCGCACCAACCGCGGCCAGCCCAUCGAGAUCCGCAUCGGCGUCCACUCGGGCAGCGUGGUGGGCGGCGUGGUGGGGCGGCGCAUGCCGCGCUUCACGCUUUUCGGCGACACGGUGAACACGGCCUCCCGCAUGGAGAGCCACGGCGUGCCAGGCAGUGUGCACAUGUCGGGAGCCUCUCGGGCGCUGCUGCGCGACCCCUCGCAGUACCUCCUGACGGAGCGCGGGGAGAUCGCGGUCAAGGGCAAAGGACUGAUGGAGACGUUCCUUGUAUCUCGCGUCAGCGCCCCCACCGCCUCCCACCUCAUGUCGCUACUGGCAGCAGCCUCAGCCUCCAACGACCCAGACUACCACAACGGCGCUCUCGCCCACAGCCAAAGCCAAAGCCAAAGCCAGCACCUGCAACUCCCGGCUGCUCUGCAAGUGGCGUUGGCGUCCAUUCUCGGCAGCCGCCCUGCACAGCCGCCGCCGCGCGCCGCUGGAGGCCGCGCGGCCGGCGGCCACAGCGACUCUGGUCCCCGCGCCGCGCGGCGUUGGACGGAUCCGGACACGUCCAAUCCAGGAAGCACGCCUAUCGCCGAUGAGGCCGCCUUGCCCGAUUCGGAGGUGCUGCACAAAUCGGAGUCGGUGCUGCUAGGCUCGCGUCUUGGCGUCCAGCUCCACAGCACCCGCCAGCAGCAGCACUCAGACCAUGAAGAGACGGCGGGGGAAGGGGCGACGGCCGGCACGGAGCGCGGCGGCUUCGGCAGCAUGUUGCUGCCGGUGGCGGAUGAUGCGCCAGCCACGUCGCUGGGGGAGGGCGUGGAGGGCUUCUUGGAUGACGAGCGGGAGCCUCGCGCUGUGGCCGCUACCGGGGCCGGCGGUGCCAGGCUCGGCCCAGCACACUCAAACAUUCGGCCGCCGCUGCAUUCCAGCCCGCGGCCCCGACCCCAGCACCAGCCCCAGCCCCAGCCCCAGCCCCAGCCCCAGCCCCAGCCCCAGCCCCAGCCCCAGCCCCAGCCCCAGCCCCAGCACACCGGCUUGUCACGUGACGAGGCGAUUCUUGAUUCCUGGAUUGCGGACCUGUCACUGGCGGACAGCGCAGCGCCCUCGUCACCGCCGCCGUCAGCACACAGCGCGGCCAGCAGCCCAGCUGGCGACGCAGUGCAUGGCGUCAACGCCGGCAUCCAAGCGCGGUCCGCGCCCUCCUCCACCUUGGUGCCCUCUUCAGUCCCGCAUACGUCCGCCGGCGGGGCAGGCGCCGCCAGCGGCGCCCGAGCAGCAUCCGUGCUGGUGCAGCGGUCCGACGGCAAGGCAGCGAUGAGUGCGCCCAGGGCGGUCGCCGACGCAGCUGCAGUACAAUGGUCGCCAGCCCACGGCAACGGGCCUGACGGAGAUGCAGAUGGCCGGUCAUAUCGGGCGCGAAGUUUAGGAUCGUCACGCCCGCACCGCCAUGCUCGCGUGGGGCGCCUGCGCCAGCCCAGCUUCAUCUUGCAUGCACCACCGGCAACCGUCGCAGGAAGCUUGCCUGAGCUGGAUUUCAGCAAUGCUGAGCUGCAGCUGAUGGAGCUUAUUCACGAGCUGCAGGAGCAAAGCGAGUCCGGCUGCGGCGCUGAACCGCAGCGGCCAGCUCACCCCUCCACAGCAGGCCAGCUGCAAGGCACUACCACGCCGGCACAGGCGCAGAGCGACCUGUACGCCUGCUUCGGCGCGGGCGGUGGGGUCGACACCGAGCCGGCGUCGGCGACGGCAAGGGUCGCGUCGCCGCAGCCACACGCCGCGACCCGGCAGCGACCUUUCGCCAGCGCCUCGCCGGCGCCGCGGGCGCGUACCCAUCACCAGCGCCACCCGAGCUCCUUCUCCAGCCAGCACAUGCCGCAGCUGCAGGCGCUGCUCGGCCUGUUGCGCGCCUCCAACUCCUCGGCCCACAGCCACGGCGCAACGACGGCCGAAUGCGACAGUGCAUCCAGCCGGCGGUGCAGCUACGAUGGCGACAACAACGGCGGCGGCGGCGGACAGCGGCCGGGGCGGCGCGCCGGCAGCGGUGGCGUUCAUCACGCCGGCGGCUGCAGCACCGGCGGGGCACUGCAGGGACCUCAUCAGCAGGCGUCGCCGCUCGGCCUGGCACCGGUGCAGGGCUCCGUGCCGCGGGGCAUGGGGCGGACGCGGUCGUGGUGCGCGGGCCGUCCGCGUGGCGGGCCCCAAGCGCCGCAGGACACAGGCCUGCUGCUGACGUCGCACCGUGUGGCGGCCGCCAUUGACGAGCGGGGGGAGGGGGAGGAGUCGGGCGGGCUGCUGCGGCAGCGGCCCGCAGGCGGGGGCUUUGCAGGGCAGGUGGGAUUACGGGACAGCUCUACGGCAUGUUGGGACAAUGCGGAGGAGGAGGAACAGGACUACGUGCCUCGGCACCGCCUCACGCGGAGGCCGUGUCCUGCCUUCGAGGGCGGCGGGGAUGAGGAGGAGCAGGAUGAGGAGUACGAUGGCACAGAGGGCCACCUGACCUACACCUACACAUGAGCAAGUAAAGAAUCGAUGUAUGCGCUUCAUUAAGCGAAGUAAUGACGCUUACGUUUAACACUUUCCAGCUCCUGUCUGGUUUGCGGUCGUUGCUGGCGAGCACAAAGAGGUACGGUGUGUGGCGGAUUCAUUGCUGUUUUGUUGCGGCCUGCUUGUGCAGUUAUGCUUGUACUUGACAGUGGAACGCGGCUGGACACAUGGCGGGCGGUGUCUGUACGAAACGAUCCGGCUAUGUCCGGGAGGUGAGGUAGUUUCGAAACCUUCGGCGGCCUCAGACGGGUGAAUAGUGGGCGCAGCCCACUUCUCCCUUGCAAGGGAAAAGACUUUCGUGUCCAGCUCCUCAAAACGAAUGAAAACGAACGGUGGAUGCAGUCGUAGUAUUGCCAGGACUCCGUCUUGAUGCCUGCUGUGGGCCACACAUUGAUUACGCUUUUGACUCGACUAGCCGGUGGCUUUUGACGCCGUCGUAUCUUGUGUGCUAUAUACCGUAACGUUGGGAUUUCUUGCACUAGUACGUGCGCUUGGUGUGUUGCGCUGUCCUAUGACGAGACGACAGACGAGUUGAACUGGGCGGCCGUUACAGUCUUGCGCUGUGUGGUGUAGGCGCUCUGGAGCCGUAGGGCGCUCACACGUGCACACGUGUCUCGUUUCCGGGCCUGCCCGGUGCAUGGCGUCGCUGCAUCAGGAACUGAAUGGAAGGGGGUACCGUGUGCAGAGGGCUGCGGCGAACGAGCGGGUCAGCUAGUUUGGGCUAUUUGUUGGUGAGAACAAUUACAUCCUGCGGCGGGAUGCGCAUGCAUGACGAUACAAAUGGAUAUUAAUGCAAAUGUAGCGCAUGGUCUCCUUGGGCUAGGAAAGCAGCACAGCCGCACUCAGUCGAAGAUGCUGCCGAUGUAAUGCGCGGCUAUGCGGCUGGGUCACCUGGGUGUGCUGCCACCUAUCUUAGGGGUAUCCACAUUCUCAAUCUCGCUCGCCCCAACGGUUCGGAGCGAGGGCAGCUGUGGUGCUGACUGGCCGUCGGCUGUGCGCCCUGGAGCGUUAUAUGAAAUGCUGAGCGUGUGAACAUGUUUUGUGGGCGAAGGGUGCGACAACGGCAGCGCAAUGAACACUGAAUGCGGCUUUCUUUAUGACAAGGCCUGCUGUGUGGAGAGGCGCACGCUUUACUGGAUGGCGGUACUGCGCCACAAACGUACUGUUGAAAGACAUCAAGGAGGCAGGAUGGAGGCCUGGUGGACACGGUUGUGGUUUUGGUGGAGCUUGCGCCAGGAGGAAUUGUAUUUCGAGACAAUAGACGUGGUGCGGUGACAGACGGGUCCCCAGCUAUGCAUUGAGUAGGCUUCAUGCUGACGGGCGCUGUGGCAGAACCUGCGCAAUGCCUAGAUUGCAUUGGUUACAAGAGGCCGAACAACCUCAUCGCCC